UGAAGAACAGAUGUUUCUUGAACGGCAGAUGUUUCGUCCUUUUUACCUGGGUCUCAAUGAAUUUCCUCCUAUAAAUACCGUUGGCACAUCCUUGUUCUUCAUCAGUAAGAUUUGAAAUCGUCACCAGUAAUCAUCUAACGAACCCUUGAAGUGCAACAGCGAUGGCCCGUACCAAGCAAACCGCUCGCAAGUCCACCGGAGGAAAGGCCCCCCGCAAGCAGCUGGCCACGAAGGCGGCCCGUAAAAGUGCUCCGGCCACCGGUGGAGUGAAGAAGCCUCACCGUUACCGGCCGGGAACGGUUGCCCUGCGGGAGAUCCGCCGCUACCAGAAAUCCACCGAGCUGCUGAUCCGCAAGUUGCCCUUACAGCGGCUGGUCCGCGAGAUCGCCCAGGACUUCAAGACCGACCUGCGCUUCCAGAGCUCGGCCGUUAUGGCGCUGCAGGAGGCCAGCGAGGCGUACCUGGUCGGACUGUUUGAGGACACGAAUCUUUGCGCAAUUCACGCCAAGCGAGUCACCAUCAUGCCCAAGGACAUCCAGCUGGCACGGCGGAUCCGUGGAGAGAGAGCCUAAGUCGUUUUUCACGGCGAGUCGGGUAACUAUACCAAAAAAUGUGUGAAAUACUUUUUCUCUGCAGGUUUAUUUUCAAACCGGCCCUUUUCAGGGCCCCACAAA